AUGGCGAAACGUCGAAGAGUUCACGCGAAAGGAAGAAACCUUGUAAAUGAUAAUGUACAAGCAAAGAUUCCCUCUGUCGCUGACGAGAAGCCUUCUAGCAAUUUGGAUACAAAUGCCUUUGAAAUAGAAAUUAAAAGUAAAGAAGAACGGGAAAGAAGGAAGUUAGAAAAGAGAAUUAGAGAUGAGCAAAAAAAAUUAAAAAAAGAAGAGCGCGUAAAUAUGCUCGAAAAAUUAUCCAAAUCCUCAUUUUCUUCUAAUCUUAUGAAAUCGAGUCGAAGAUUAGGGCAGAGGCGUGAUACGAUGCGAGAGAAAUUACGCAGAGCCCUUUAUGAAGAAAAAAUGGGAUUGCCACAAUCCGAUCCAAAUGUUCCAUUAUUCACCGAGCAAGCUGAUGCACAAAAAGAUCAUAAUAGUAGUGAUAGUGGUGGUGAUAGUGAAAACGAGGAAGAUGAUGAAAAAUUAGGCAUCUUAAAACAAAAAGUUUAUCCCGAACCCCAAGAUCAAAUUAGCUUAGAAAAUAAAAAAUCAAAAGAAACCCCUGCUAUAGUGGAAAGGAGGAUUAAACGUCAAUCGAUGGAAGAAAAUGACACUUUUGAUAGUUCAAAUUCUGAAUUUGAUAACGAUAAAGAAACAAAAUCAUUAGAUAUAAAAGAUGUAGAUGAUAAUGAUGAGACAAAUUUAAACUUGGAAUCUAAACAAAAAGCAGAAUCAUUCAAAGAAUGGGCUAUUGAACAAAUGGGAAUGAAGCCAAAAGAUAUUCAAACAUGUAGUGAGAAUACGAAUAUAAGUCAAUUACCUAAAAUAAUAAGUGAUGGUCAAGACAUUACUGGCGAUGAAUUUCUUCUAUAUGAUACAGUUGAAAAUAAACAAUCUAAAAAGGCAUUUUAUGUCGCCAUUAAAAGAAAACCUGAAAUACAAACAGCGCGUAUGGAGCUUCCUAUUUAUGGAGAGGAACAAGUUAUUAUGGAAGCCAUCAAUGAGAAUCCUGUUGUGAUAAUUUGUGGCGAAACUGGAUCGGGAAAAACUACACAAGUUCCUCAAUUCUUAUAUGAGGCUGGAUAUGGAAAUCCAAAUAGCGGCAAGUUAUCUACGAAACUUUCUCUUAUAGCUUAG